AUGGGCCACCAGGUGAGUAACUUUCAUAGAACGGGCCAGCACCCACACAGAUACCUUUGGAUAGCCCCUCAGCAGAUGAUGAAGGUGAUGUCCUUGUGUCCUUGUUGUCUGUCUGUGGUGUCUGGUUCUCUCUGAAAAAGAAGCUCUUUUGAUUUGCGGUGACUAACGGAAAUUAGAGGUGGGGACAAUUAUUCAUAAUGUGAUCUCAUGCUUACUUUUAAAUAUAUAUAGUUUUAAAAAUAAAUAAAUUUGUAAUUGCCAUAUAUUUUUGCAAUAGACAUUUCCAUCCAUUCUCGCGGGAGUGAGAUGCUGAAGGUGACAUCACUUGCAGAAAUAUAAGAGGCCCCUCACCCAAGCGUCGCUUGUGCUAGAGAAAUUUAUCUUGUUGUGUUUUUAUUUUGCAAUUUUGCAAUUCUUCAAACUGGCUCCUCGUUUUGCGCAACGUAGUGCUGAAAAUUAACGUGGGUUUUGUGCUGAGAGAAUGAUGGGCUGUGUGACAUUUAUAAGAAGCCUUGAUAUCAAUUACGUACAUAUAACACAUGGUAUAAUGUAAUCAGGGCUGUCUUAAGCAUAUGCGCUGGGGUGCAAAGAUAUGCCUGGCAUCGCCGCCCCCAGGUUGCCCAGUCCCAGGCGUUCAGGAGGACGGAGUUGGCUGGCCACCUCAGCGUCUCUCUGGCUCGGUCGCCCCCAAACUCAUGGUGCACAGCAGCAGAAGAGCCUGCCACAGCGCUCCGACUGACGGGCGAGCUCUUCCCCAGACUCAACUCUCAGGCCCCAGACUCUUGGCCUGGCGCCCCUGAGAGACCAGCGCCCAGGUGCCCCGCACCCCUGGCACUUAUGGUUAAGACGGCCCUAAAUGUAAUGGCUAUGGCAGCUAUUUGCAUCUCCUGCCAUAUCAGCCUGCCCAGUAGGGGUGUCAUUGUCCCACUAGCAAACCUAGCUCACUAUGUGGUGUCCCAGGGCAGGGCCUUUUCGGUUGUGGUGCCUCAGCUUUGGAACUUCACUAACCACCCAGAGGUAUGGAUGGCCAAAUCUUCAUGGGCCAAGUAGCAGUCUAAUCUGCGCUCCUGGGCCUUUUAAAUGUAUUCUGGCGGAGAGGGGGGCAUUUAUUGGUUUGUUUUUGUUCUUAUUUUUACUAUGUAUUUUGUGCUUUUUAUAUGAUCAUUUGUUGUUGUGAACCAUCGUUAGAUCUGUGAACGAAGGGCAAUACAGUGGACGCUCGGGUUGUGAACAUGAUCCAUGCGAGAUGCACGUUCGCAACCUGCAGUGUUCGCAACCCGUACACGCACACACGCGGGUUGCAAUUUGGCGCUCCUGCGCAUGUGCAAAGCACAAUUUAGCAUUUCUGUGCAUGCGCAACCCCCAAAACCCGGAAGUAACCCGUUCUGGUACUUCUGGGUUUUGGUGGGUCUAUAACCUGGAAAAAUGCAGCCACAAAAUGCACAAUCUCCUCCACAAAUAUGCAGGGGAGAGAGAGUUCCAUAGUUUAAUGAAGUUUUCCCUGUCCUGAACCUUCCAACAUUCAGUUCAUUUAAUGCCCACAUGUGUUUCAAAAAAGCAUUUUCCUUCUCACAUCCUCCAGCAGCGUGUUGUUGCAGACCAGUCAUGUCCAAAGCCCAUUUCAGAGGCUUAAUCUGGCCCCCGUGGCAGUAUAUGUCCUGUGGUAAAACCCUUUAAAAAAUGUAAAAAAGCUCAACAACUUUGGUCGGCCCUCAUACAUGUUCACUUCAUCAAAUCUGGCCCUCUUUGAAAAAUAAUUUGGGCACCCCUGGUGUAGACAGUCCCUUGAGAGCCAGUGUGGUGUAGUGGUUAAGAGCGGUAGUCUCGUAAUCUGGGGAACUGGGUUCGCGUCUCCGCUCCUCCACCUGCAGCUGCUGGGUGAUCUUGGGCUCCUCACACUUCUUUGAAGUCUCUCAGCCCCACUAACCUCACAGAGUGUUUGUUGUGGGGGAGGAAGGGAAAGGAGAUUGUUAGCUGCUUUGAGACUCCUUUGGGUAGUGAUAAAGCGGCAUACCACAUCCAAACUCCUCUUCUUCUUCUUCUUUCUAAGCAAGAGUAGUGGAGUCCAAUAAAUUCUAAACCAAAUUUAUUCAGCACAUCCCCUCCUGCGGUUUCUGGCAACUGGUAUUCAGUGCCAUGUUGUGGCGUUGGACAGGCGAGGUAGAACAUCAGAGUAAAUAGCCAUCAAAAGCCUUGGCCUCUGUGAAUUUGUCUAAUCCUAUUGGGGGAGCGAGUUCCAUAGUUUAGUGAUGAACUGCAUGAAUCUGUCCUGAAUCUUCCAACAUUCAGGUCCGUUUAAUCCCCACGAGUUCCAGUGUGAUGAGAAAAACCUGUCCCUCUCCACUUUCUCCAUGCCUUAAUAAUAAGCAGGUGGUCUUCCCAACAGCUGCCAUCCCAUCUCUCACAGCUGGGGAGCUGCUCCUCAGUUAGUAGCCUUCCUUAUGUUUGAAGUAGGGGGUUUUCAUCACGAGUUGUGCGAACAAGGACUGCCUUUCGUCUGCUGCAGACUUGUUGUCCAUUAGAAGAAGAAGAAGAAGAGUUUGGAUUUGAUAUCCCGCCUUUCACUCCCCUUCAGGAGUCUCAAAGCGGCUAACAAUCUCCUUUUCCCUUCCUACCCCACAACAAACACUCUGUGAGGUGAGUGGGGCUGAGAGACUUCAAAGAAGUGUGACUGGCCCAAGGUCACCCAGCAGCUGCAUGUGGAGGAGCGGAGACGCGAACCCGGUUCCCCAGAUUACGAGACUACCGCUCUUAACCACUACACCACACUGGCUCUCUAACUCCAUUAGGUGACUUCUUCUUUUGGCCGGCCACCCGUAACCUUUCUAUCAAUAGAUGACAGAUCUAGUAAAGGGACCCCUGACUAUUAGGUCCAGUCGUGGCCGACUCUGGGGUUGCGGCACUCAUCUCGCUUUACUGACCAAGGGAGCCGGCGUACAGAUUCCAGGUCAUGUGGCCAGCAUGACUAAGCUGCUUCUGGCAAACCAGACCAGUGCAUGGAAAUGUCAUUUACCUUCCCUACGGAGUGGUACCUAUUUAUCUACUUGCACUGCAUGCUUUCGAACUGCUAGGUUGGCAGGAGCAGGGACCGAGCAACCUUUCUAACAAUAGAUGACAGAUCUUGUUGUCCAUUAACUCCAUUAGGUGACUUCUGGCCUGCCACCCAUAACCUUUCUAUCAACAGAUGACAGAUCUAGAGGAUACGAUAAAAUGCACGAUCCCAUUUCACAGAUCUCAGGAGUCUCUUCUUUUCUUCUCUCUCCUCAGGUGCCAAUGGGACGCAUCACUUUCUUCCACCUCUCUAUUUGGGGCUUCCUGAUUGCCUGCUCCUUUCCGCAAGGUACAUCCCAACUGGGCUCCUCAAACCUGGACUGGGAGAAGCCAAGCAGAAAGCAAUCCUUAGGAGAAAAGGCAUGGCUCAUGAGGCAAAUCCCAGUAAUAUAGAUUAGAAACAUCAUUCAGAGGACGAAACGGGGGCACCAAGGCUCGCUCGCCCUUCCUUCCUUCCUUCCUUCCUUCCUUCCUUCCUUCCUUCUUGAUUGGUUUUCACCUAUUACAUUACAAUACCAAUGUACCAAAGCUAGCACCAUUUCCUCCCCAUCGCCCCAGACAUUUACAUUUAUAUUUCCUCGAUCCAUCAUAUUAUUCUUUUCUCCCUCUUCCCGCUUCCCUCCGCCCCCACUCAAUUUUCUCCACAUUAUACAAUUUACAAUAAUCUUUGCAUUCUACAGUCUUCUCAAGUCAUCUAUAUAUUCUUAUUAUCUUUCCUUACUAAUUUUUCUUCCAUCCAGUACUUCACAUUUUAAUUUAGGCAUAUUAGCAUAUCUUUUUUUGAGCAAUAUUUUGCCAACCAAGGCUCUUUUUCAGCCAGAAUUUCCAGUUUCAACCCUCAGUCCUGGGUGAACAGCCCCCUCCUGCUAAUAAUCUGGAUUGUGGAUUCAUCUCGUAGAGAUCUCCUCCCCAAACUGACCUUUAUAAUCUUUUCCCUCUUCUCUGGCAGGCACAGAAGCAUCAGGCUGCCCUCAGAAUUGGUUCAGGUUUCAGGGACAUUGUUAUUUAUUAAGAAAAGUGAAGCGGAACUGGAAUGAUGCAGAGGUAAUGAAAGAUUCUCGGAAGCCCCGUGUUGCAAAUUCCUCAAGACACCAUGUUUGGUGUCAGAGAGACAGACAGGCACACCCAUGCAGAACUUCACUAGUGAUCUCCCUUCCCUGCUGAUGCAUAAGACCUGCUUGGUGAUGUACAAAAAUACAAUAUAUUAGGGGGAAACACUUGCAAAAAAAAUGUGUUUCUUAGAGGAAACUUGCAAUAAAGUGCUGGUGAAUUUUCAUGAGGAUUAAAACAAACAAACAAACAAACAAACAAACCCCCAAACUGAUGUAGAAAUGUGGAGUUGCAAAAAGGAGAAACUGGGGAUAUCAAAAUGGAGAAAGGAGGAAUAAAAAAAGGAGAAAUCAAACAAUUUCCACGGGGACUUCUUCUUUAAUAAACCAAUCAAAGGGAUGUGGAAAUCUGGUGGCGCUAAACUUAAUAUUGGAAAAAUGAAAAAUUGGGGGAAAUCAAAAUGGACAGUUUCACCUCCACCUAGUAAGCACACAAAGAGCACCUGUUGAACCAGGGAAAGGAUUCUAAGUACACCUGCCCUCCAUUUAUUCCCCACCUCGGAUCUCUCUUUCUGGCCUUAGAUGCCAUCUUUGAGAGAAGCAGAACCAAUAACUGUCUUGAUCACACUGCUUUGUAUAUCCCUGGCACCUGGUACUGCAGAUCCAUCCAUGGUUGUGAAGUCACAGUGAUCUACACAAAAAUCUUAUCGUUGUGCUGUGGUCCUUGCACAAUCCUGCUUGGGAAAUCUUACAGGAGCCGCUCGAUGCAACCAGGCAGCUUGCCCUCACCUGCAGGGUAAAACCCCUUAUUCUUUUCUCUCCCAGGCAGACUGCCAAAGGUUUGGGACUGACAGCCACCUGGCCUCCAUCCUUAACUGGGAAGAGCACAGGUAUAUAGCCAGUGCUAUAAGACAAGGCAAAGACCCUGGAUUCCACAUCUGGAUUGGGUUGUUCAGAGUCAAACGCGGUGGAAGGGUAAGUAAAGGGGGCAGCCUCUGCUUUUCAUUUGCCUCUGGCUGGAAACAUCAGCCUGCAAGCACACAGAGGAGCAGUCCAGAAGACGAGAGCUCUGAAUUCCACGGCUUUAAAACAAAAAAGUUCAUAAGGCUUGUUCAGCUAAUACACACUGGACUUAAGGUUGUCAUGCACUUGCUAACUGGCAUAUACCUUCCAACAUUUCUCCUGUGAUUUUAGGGACAUCCUAUCCCAUUAUUGUUGGGACGCGGGUGGCACUGUGGGUUAAACCACAGAGCCUAGGACUUGCUGAUCAGAAGGUCGGUGGUUCAAAUCCCCGCGAUGGGGUGAGCUCCCGUUGCUCGGUCCCUGCUGCUGCCAACCUAGCAGUUCGAAAGCACGUCAAAGUGCAAGUAAAUAAAUAGGUACCACUCCAGCGGGAAGGUAAACAGCGUUUCCGUGCGCUGCUCUGGUUCGCCAGAAGCGGCUUAGUCAUGCUGGCCACAUGACCCGGAAGCUGUACGCCGGCUCCCUCGGCCAGUAAAGCGAGAUGAGCGCCGCAACCCCAGAGUCGGCCACGACAGGACCUAAUGGUCAGGGGUCCCUUUACCUUUACCUUUUAUUCCAUUAUUAUCAUCAGUGCUUUUUUCUUGGGGGGACGCAGGGGUACGCAUACCCCUAAACAUUUUGUGAAUCUAAGUUUGGCCUCAUUGAGGGGCAGCGAAGAGUUGGACACGACUAAACGACUAAACAACAACAACAUUUCAAUAUGAGUAGGAGAAUGAGAGUACCCCAUAACAUUUCCUUUAGAAAAAAGCAGGGAUGAUGAUGUUGAUGGUGGUGGUGAUUUACACCCCUCCCCAUCUGUCUGGGUUGCCCCAGCCACUCUGGGCAAGUUCCAACAAGUAUGAAACAUAACAGGGCUGCCUUCAGAUGUUUUCUAAAAGUUGUAGAGUUAUUUAUAUCCUUGGCUUGGGGAGUGGGGAGUCGCUUAACUCCAUACCCUCCGGCAUUUCUCUGAUGAAUGUCCUAAGGGAUGUCCUAAGGCAGGGGUCAGCAAACUUUUUCAGCAGGGGGCCGGUCCGCCGUCCCUCAGACCUUGUGGGGGGCCGGACUAUAAUGGGGGGGGGGAAUGAGCGAAUUCCUUUGCCCCACAAAUAAACCAGAGAUGCAUUUUAAAUAAAAGCACACAUUCUACUCAUGUAAAAACAUGCUGCUUCCUGGACCAUCUGCGGGCCGGAUUUAGAAGGCGAUUGGGCCAGAUCCGGCCCCCAGGCCUUAGGUUGCCUAGGUAAAGGUAAAGGGCCCCCUGACCAUUAGGUCCAGUCGUGGCCGACUCUGCCGUUGUGGCGCUCAUCUCGCUUUACUGGCCAAGGGAGCCGGCGUACAGCUUCCGGGUCAUGUGGCCAGCAUGACUAAGCUGCUUCUGGCGAACCAGAGCAGUGCACGGAAACGCCCUUUACCUUCCCACCAAAGUGGUACCUAUUUAUCUACUUGCACUUUGAGGUGCUUUCGAACUGCUAGGUUGGCAGGAGCAGGGACCAAGCAACGGGAGCUCACCCCAUCACAGGGAUUCAAACCACCGACCUUCUGAUCGGCAAGUCCUAGGCUCUGUGGUUUAACCCACAGCGCCACCCGCGUCCCUUAUUUAGGUUGCCUACCCAUGUCCUAAGGAAAAGCGGGACAUUCCAAGAUCAAUGGCGCAGGAUCAAAUAAGGAAACAGGGACAUGGAGGGUCUGAAGUAGCCAAAUGGAUAUAGCUACACUGCAGUCGGGGUCUCUCCUGCCUCUCAUCCCAAGAGUCCUUGCUGCUCCUUGGAGGCUCGCUCUGCUGCUCCUGUAGAUUCUGCUGCCCGAGGCUGACAUGGCCCCAUGUGUGGGCCACAGAAGUCUUGGUGGUCUCUUAUCCUCAGAGCUAUCCACUUGUAUGUGUGGUGUAGUGGCUAAGAGUGGUAGACUCGUAAUCUGGUGAACCGGGUUCGCGUCUCCACUCCUCCACAUGCAGCUGCUGGGUGACUUUGGGCCAGUCACACUUCUCUGAAGUCUCUCAGCCCCACUCACCUCACAGAGUGUUUGUUGUGGGGGAGGAAGGGAUUGUGAGAUGCUUUGAGACUCCUUCGGGUAGUGAUAAAGUGGGAUAUCAAAUCUCCUCCUCCUCCUCCUCCUCUUUCUUGAAAUAGGUUUGGGGUCCUGAGCGUCUGAAUGUUUUAUUUCUGCUUGAGAAUUAGGGAGGACAUCAAAGGGCCCUGGUUCUUCCUCAGCUGAGACCCUGUCUCUUUUGGUUGUCUCCACAGAUUACAGUGUGGAAAUGGACUGACAGUGCUGUGGUCGGCUAUAUGCCCUGGGGGCCUGGACAACCUUCCUAUUCUCACAGACAAGAAUUCUGCAUCGAGUUGUACGGCGCAGGUGAGGAAGAGGGUUCCAGGAUCUUAAGUUCCAUGGGGAUUCUGGGAGGGCUUCCUUGAACCUUGUUUCCAUGCUUCUGAUAACAAGUUAUUCAUGUUUUGCCUGCUAAGAAAGAAAGAAAACAGAGUCAACAAUGUGAACCCAAGAACUGUGCCCACCUCGCGGGACAUUUUGUGGCUGGUUAGGAGGAAGACUAGCUAGACUGGGUCAUAGGUGGGCAACUGGAUCAGACAUGGGGAUGGGAUGGUCACCUCACCCCCUCACUUCUAUGGGCCAACUUUUGACAGGGUUAGACAUCUUUACAUGCUCCUCACCUGACAUGGUACAUGAUACCAGGGGUAGGAGAGGUGGACAUGGUUUGGCCAACAUGACCUUGUAGGCUAAAUGGGAAACCUAGUAGGCCAAAUCUGGUCUGCAGAUUUCUGGUUCUCCACAGAUAUCAUAGGUGGUCCUACUCUGCUUCCUUCUGUCUCCUGGAGCCCUCACCACAAAACAGCAGUACUGUAUAUUGUCCUCUGAGGGGUGGGGAAUCUUCAACCUUUCUCCUGUCACUGGGUGAAAUUUAUUUAUGCCCCCCACCAGACCUGGGCUGUCUUUCUCCAAAACAGCCUUAGAAUUCCUACAGAACAAUUCAGAGUAGUGUUUAAAGGGGACCGUGAGGUUUGUAUGAAAUGAAGAUAAAAGUUUCCUAAAAGAAAAACGAAAAGUUCUGCGUUACUAGCAUAGAAGCAGCAAGUCAAUUGUAGAGUUGGAAGGGACCCACUGGGUCAAGUCACUGACCAGAUACUGUCUGUGGCCGCAUGACUUGCGACUCACAAGUUAGAGCAGGGGUCCUCAAACUUUUUAAACAGGGGGCCGGUGGAGACAAAGGUAGGUUUGAGCAAACAAAGUGUCAGCGAUGUUCCACACAAAAGCAGGAAAACAAUACAAAGUUUAGAUGAGAACAAUUUCAUAAACAUAAACUUGUGAGUAUUUCAAUGAAGCAUGGCCUGCUUUUGGGUAAGAGCUGAUCAACAUCCGUUCCAUAUCUAUCACUGCUAGUGUAGCAGUGUUCAUCAGAGAUCUGCCAGUACGACCAAUUCGAACUUUGAUCAAACUGGUACCUCUGUUGAUAUCUACAGGCAGCCUGGAUACAGAGCAACUCGAAACAGUACUGAGAACUUUGCUUUGGACAGAACUGGAAUCGCGUUCUGCUGCAGGAGGCUCCAUUAGCUAGAGCUGGUACCUCAGGUUCUGCAAUUUUUGGGUUAUGAAUGGACCUCCAGAACGAUUAAGUUCUAACUGGUACCACUGUACGCUGAUUUUAAGUGCCACUGUAAUGUGCUGAACUACAGCACUACUGAAUACUGAGACAGAGAGACAGAGAGGAGUGGAGGAGCAUGAGGGUAUCCUAUUCAGUUCGGCCUACAGUGAAUGCCAGCUUCAGUGCUGAAGGCAAAGCAGAUUCUCGCUGGAGAGAUCGAGCUGUCCCCCUGCAGCUAGACACUGCCUUUGGUUUGCAUGGUUACGUAAACAAAGAUAAGAAGCCUCGAGGGUCCUCUUAGUGCGGGAGAGAGGUCUUUGAUGAAGGACCCCCAACAGUCGGAAGCGAGAGGAACGCGGAUGCCUCUCCACGGGGCUGCUGGCCUUACCUGACCAGUAUAAAGUAAGCAGCACAUAAGCAGCACACAAAACACUACCAAACCGUUCUACUUCCAAAUCUUAUAUUAAUAAUCCAAAAAUUGAGAGAGCUAGGUACAAGAUCUACUACAGAAGCCACAAACAGAGAACUCAUUCCAAUUGUGUCCAAAAGGAAGAUUCAGUCUUUAAAGUUCCUUUAGCCAGGCUCCUGUAGAUAUCAACAAAGGUAGGUUUGAGCAAACAAAGUGUCAGCGAUGUUACACACAAGAGUUAGACAGGGUGCCAGCGUUUGUCACCUGUUUCUAACUCUUGUGCGUAACAUCACCGACACUUCGUUUGAUCAAACUUAUCCUCGUUGAUAUCUAACCCUUGAGCACAACAUCGCCGACACUUCGUUUGAUCCGCCACCUGCUCCCUGGCUGGGCGCCACUCCCUAGGAGGCUGAACACGAGCUCGCGAACCUGGCUCCCUGCUCAGCGCCCACCAGCUCCAAAUAUCCCUGCUCCGGGAACCCUACAGCUCCCAUCUCCCUGCAAUGGAUUAUGGGAUAGUGGGAAGGGGAAGGGGGCAUGGCCGAGACGAGCCUGCUUUCACGGUGCAUUGUGGGAAACACCGCGCCGGGUUUACCUCAUCGCAUGGAGACUGACUGAGCGGGCGGCCUGCGGGCCAGAUUUACGAGCCUGGCAGGCCGCAUCCGGCCUGUGGACCGUAGUUUGAGGACCCCUGAGUUAGAGGGUGGCAAUUCUUAGCCAAAAGCAGUGCCUACAUGGUCGCAAACCCUGAAUAGGCCAAGUUUAAUGAGUUAACUCCACAAUCCCCAAAUCUACUCAAAUGCAAAAUUUCAGUUUAUAUACAGCUCGGAGCAUUUUCUUUUCACAUUCAUAGCCGUGUAGGACACAGCCAGGAACAGAGUACUGCAAAAGGUAUUCAGGGUGACCGGCAAAGAGCUGUGGUAUCAUAAUUUGUAUACCAGUUUGAAUCCUGCUCCCUAUUACUCUCAACUCGGAGGCUUAUGAGACUGUGGGUGCAUUAUUUUUUCUUUAAAAGAUGCCCGAUUUUUUAAGAAGAUCCAUUCAAAUCUUAACCCUCCCAGUUAAGUGGGCAGGUUAACCUAUAUACCUAAUAUAUCUGUGGGUAUACAAAUUUAAUAGAUAAUUAUAAUAUCACAAAAAAAUGAUCAGUUACAAAUUCAUCUUAGAUCAGAUUAGAUCAAUACGCAAAAUUAAGUGGGCAUGAACUAUAACGUCAAACUGAUUUUUAAAAGUUCACGAUCAAGAAGCCCACAUUUACUUACUUGCUAAGAAGAAAGCAAAGCACGUCAAAACUAACAUUGCAAGGGUUGGACUUGGGGUCCCUAGGGGUCCCUUCUGACUCUACUUUCUCUGAUCCCGGGACAGCCCCUCUUUCAACUGAUCCAUUUUGGUUUCCCAGUUUAGAAGGAUGAGCCGGGAGGAGGUGACGAAGGGCCGUGACUUCUAAUGCUUCUCCUUCCCUGUUUUUCUAGAAUACAUGUUCUGGGACGACAAUAGUUGCGAGGCAGAGAACUAUUACAUCUGUAAAAUCCCGGUGUCGUGGUCUUCGGACAACCGUUCGGCAAAAUGAGUGCCUUGGAGAACGGGGAUUAAGGCCCUUCCAUGGAAGCCCAAGUCCUUCUGUCCCAACUGCAACACCCCACCCCAAUUCUGUAGCAGCCCC